AUGUUUUUUAUUGGAUAUCCUAACCAAUGGAUAUCCCACCUCAUCCUCCAUGACCACAAACCAGUUGGUCCACGGCUGUUUAUUUGGUAUUCACAGCUAACCCUCAUAUCUAAGGGCCUCUCCCCUAUCCGCCACCUGGGGACGCGCUCGGUAGGAGAUGGUAGCUCCCCCAAGUGGGAGAGUUCAAUUAUGGUUAAACAGGAAUUGAGUGACGAAAUCAUAACAUUUAUGGACAUGAAAUCAGAUGACACAUCAGCUAUUUCAAGUUCAGAAGGAUUUUCAACUGUUAAAGACAAAUACUUGGAGGAAACAAGGCCAUUUUUAGCUUUAGAAGAUAAAAAUCUUGAUAAAACAAAGCCUUUGUUUAAUUUAGAAGAGAUGAAACAAGAUAACCCAACAUUAUUUUCAUCUUCUGAAGACAUGAAACCAAAUCUAUCAACAGCAUUUUCAAUUUUUGAAGAUAAGAAACCUGAGAUAUUAACAAUUUCAUCUUUGGAGAGUGAAAAACAAAAUGGUUUCAAAGCACAGCAACAACUUUCUUCCCCACCAGAUUCAACUGAUUUUAAAGAAAAUUUCGCAGUUCUGAAAUCAGAUCUUCAAAAUGAAUUAAAAGAACUCAAGUUAUUACAUACAAAAUUGAUUGAUAAUCUCCCAAAAGAAUAUCUGAUUAGCAAUAAGGGACUGAAGACAUACAAGUGUGAUAUGUGUUGUCAAAGAUUUUUCCAUUUUGAUCAUGUUAAACAACACAUAAACAUUCACACAAGGGUGAAUCCAUAUGGUCAUGAUUUUCGUCAGCAAGAAGUUGUUAUGAUCAGUCAGGGUGAACAGAUUAACAAAACAAACCUAGAACAGACAAUUCACACAAAGGAAGAAAAACUACAUGGAAAGAAUUGGUAUCAUGAAUCUCCCUAG